AUGUGCAAUGAUGCUACUACCCCCUUAGCGGGUGCGGCUUGCAAUGGAGAGCGUCAUGACGCCAACCUCUACGAGCCGAUCGCCAUCAUCGGCAUGGGCAUGCGGCUUCCCGGCCGCGUCCACAACGCCGCCGACUACUGGGACCUCCUCGUCAACGGCAAGAGUGGCCGUUGCCGUGUGCCCGAGAGCCGGUAUAACGUCGACAACUGGUACGGCCCCGGCAGGGCGAUGCACGUCCCGACCGAGUUCGGGUACUUCCUCGAGGAGCUGAACCUCGCGCACGUCGACGCCAGCUUCUGGUCCUUUACGAAACAGGAGGCCGAGCUCAUGGACCCGCGGCAGCGCCUGUUCCUCGAGGUUGCCUACGAGGCCUUGGAGAGCUCCGGCUCGACGUCGUGGAGGGGCAGCGACGUCGGCGUGUACGUCGGCACCAUGGGCGAGGACUGGUCGCUUCUCGAGUGCCACGACCAGCAGUGUCUCAACCAAGUCCGGCCAGACGUGUACGGCGACUACAUCCUUGCCAACAGGGCAUCGUACGAAUUCGACCUGACAGGCCCGAGCCUCGUCGUACGGACCGCGUGCUCCGCGUCCAUGGUCGCGCUGCAUCAAGCCUGCCGGGACCUGCACAGCGGCGACUGCUCGUCGGCCCUCGUCGGCGGCGCCAACCUCAUCCUCACGCCCAAGGACACGGCCGUCAUGCACCAGAACGGGGUGCUCUCACCCUCGGGGUCCUGCAAGAGCUUCGAUGCCGACGCCGACGGCUUCGCGCGGGGCGAGGGGGUGUCGGCCAUCUACGUCAAGAAGCUGUCCGACGCGGUGAGGGAUGGCGACCCGAUCCGCGCCGUCAUCCGCUCCACCUGCGUCGCCGGCAACGGCAGGACGCCGGGGUUGACGACGCCGAACCCCGUGAUCCACGAGAAGCUGAUAAGGAGGGGGCACGAGAUCGCCGGCAUCGCCGACUUGUCCAAGACCGCCAUGGUCGAGUGCCACGGCACCGGAACCCCUGUUGGAGACCCGUUGGAAGUGAGUGCCGUUGCCAACAUCUGGGGUCAGGAUGGAAUCUACAUCGGAUCGGUAAAACCAAACCUCGGCCACGCCGAAGGAGCGUCGGGCCUCUCGAGCAUCAUCAAGAUGGUUCUGGCGUUGGAAAACUCAACGAUCCCGCCCAACAUCAACUUCAAAACGCCCAACCCAAGAAUCCCAUGGGAAAGCGCCAAGCUCAAAGUCCCGACAGAGGCUCUGCCUUGGCCGACCGACAGGCUUGAAAGAGUCUCGGUCAACAGCUUUGGCAUCGGCGGCUCCAACGCCCACGUCCUGCUCGAGUCAGCUGCUUGCUUCGGCCUCCCUCCCCCAGCAGCAAAGCUUACGAACGGAACCAAGCACGGUGCUCUCAACCAACGCUUGCUGGUGUUAUCUGCCACGAACCCGGAUUCAGUCCACGCCCUGAGCAAGAACGUCGGGGAGUACCUGAGCCAGUCUCCCGAGAGCUUACACGAUGUAGCAUACUCACUGGCCUCGCGCCGGGAAGCCCACACGCAUCGCGCGUUCUGUGUGACGGAUGGCAACACCCCGCUGAAGAUGUCCCCGGUCACGAAGCCGAGGAGCCCACCGCCCGAAAUGGUUUGGGUCUUCACCGGCCAAGGGGCGCAAUGGGCGCAGAUGGGCAAGGAGCUCGUGGAACAGGAGCCCCUGUUCCAACAACGGAUCAACGCUCUGGACAAGGUUCUCGCCGGCCUCUCGGAGCCUCCGCCCUGGACGUUGAAGGAGAUACUUCUGGCCCCGAAAGACGAGAGUCGGCUGUCCGAGGCCGAGUACUCGCAGCCGUGCCUUGUCGCCAUCCAAGUCGCCCUCGUCGACCUGCUCCGCUCCUGGGGCGUCGCGCCGAGCGCGGUCGUCGGGCACUCGUCUGGGGAGACGGCCGCCGCGUACGCGAGCGGCGCCAUCACGGCCGAGGAGGCGAUCCUCAUCGCCUACCACCGCGGCCAGAUCACCCGCAUCAUCAAGGCGGCCCACGAGGGAGGCAUGGCGGCCGUGGGGCUCGGCCGGACGCAGGUCGAGCGGUUCCUGCGGCCCGGGGUCAUUGUCGGGUGCGAGAACUCGCCGUCCAACGUGACCCUCUCGGGCGAGGCCGAUGUUCUGCAGGAGAUUCUGCGGGAGAUUCGGUCGAGACACCCGGAGAUAGUUGCAAGGAGCCUCCGCGUAGAGUGCGGUUAUCACUCUCAACAUAUGGAGAGCGCGGCCGGUGAUUUUACAUCGCGUUUAGAGGGAUUGUCGCUACAGAACAAAAACCCACGCGUCCCGUUCUACUCCUCAGUCACCGGCGUGAAGAACACCGACAUGUCCCACUUGUACUGGGUGCGAAACGUCGUCUCGCCCGUCCUAUUCAGCACCGCAGUCCAAGCGGUCCUGGAUGACUUCAAGUCGCCCGUCUUCGUCGAGCUCGGCCCGCACUCGGCCCUCGCCGGACCUCUCCGCCAGAUCAUGCAGGUCAAGAACAGGACGACGGCCUUGUACGUCCCGACCUUGGUGCGCAACCAGGACGCAGUCAGCACUGUUCUGACCGCGGCGGGCGAGCUCUGGUCGGCCGGCGCCGAAAUCGACAUUGCGGCCGUCAACCCCGCCGGCGCGUUUCUGACGGACUUGCCCACGUACCCGUGGCAUCACAAGGAGGAGUUCUGGCUCGAGGGUAGACUGCCUCGCAGUUGGCGUUUCCGACCGUUUGCCCACCACGAGCUCCUCGGCUCGCGAGUCGAAGAGAUUUCGGACGCGUGCCCCGCCUGGAGAUGCAACCUCCGCCUGCAAGAUGUCCCGUGGCUCCGGGACCACGUCGUCGGAGACGACACCGUCUUCCCUGCGUCGGGGUUCAUCUCCAUGGUCGGGGAGGCCCUGAGACAGCUCACGGGAUCCGUCGACUUCACCCUGAACCAGGUCUCCCUCGAGGCCGUUUUGGCGCUCGGCGACAAGGCGGUCGAGCUCGUGACGGUUCUCAACCCGGCGGCGACAUCGAGACCACAACAGGGCCAGCCGGCAACCUACGACUUCUCGAUAUCAUCGCUCAGCGAGGGAAGCGAGUUAUGGAUCAAGCACGUCUCCGGCCACUGCAGAGCCGGCGGCUCCGAUCGGAAACACGUCUCCCCCGAGAUGCCCGCCCUUCCGCUUCCGCGCCGAGUCUCGGUAACGUCGUUCUACAACACCUGGAGGAGAUUCGGGCUGAACUACGGCACCGCCUUCCGCGGCCUCUCCAGCGCCAGCUCCCACGUCUCUGAGCGGAGGGCCGUUGCGACCCUCGACGAUAAGCACUCGGCGUACGGAGACGCGGUCUAUGCGGUCCAUCCAGCGACCCUGGAUGCGAGCAUGCACGUGGCCAUCAUCGCCGGCUGCCAGGGUCUGGAGCGAAAUUUCAAGAGGCUGGAGGUGCCCAAGUUCUUCCAGGAGAUCUAUGUCCGAAAGCCCACGGGAUCGAUCCAGGUCGUCGCGAGCGCCGGGGCCCCGGAACAGGUCGCCGCCUCUGCGGCCAACGUCGUCGGCGUCUCUGGGGGAGAAGUCGUCAUCGACAUCUCCGGGCUGCAAGUCCGCGCCGUCGACAACAGAAGCAGCAGCAGAAGCUUCGACGAGGGGGAGGAAGAGGACACGCACGCCGGCGUCGUCCUGGAGUGGAAGCCUGACAUCGACUUCGCCAGCCCCGCGCAGCUGUUGCGCCGGCGCCGCGCGGACGCCCGCUCGCAGGUGCUCGACGAGCUGGUGCUGGCCUGCAUCGUCGACCUACGGGCCCAGCUCCAGUUCCUCCCCGCCACGCAGCCGCACCUGGUCGGCUUCAAGAGCUGGCUCGACGCGUCGUACAGGGAGGCCAUGACGGGGCAGUACCCCGAGAUGCCCGGGUCGUUCGAGAUCGCGACCAUGGGCCACAAGAAGCGGCACGAAUUCUUAUUGAAGACGCUCGAGGCCUGCAAGAACGCCGCCGGCGCCGACGCCGGCGCCGCCGUCUCGGACAUGGCCCACGCCGUCUACCGGGUCCAGUGCUUCGGCGCGGGCUGCUUCUCGGGCUCGCCGCACGCCGUCAAGAUGCUGACGCAGCCCGAUCACUUCGCCGCGUCUCUCAGGUUGAUCGACGACGUGGACCUUUCCGACUUCCUCCGGCUCAUGCGGCACAAGAAGCCGAACAUGAGCAUCCUGCACAUCGAUCCCACGCCCGAGCCCGACGACGUCUCUUCUGUCUUCCUCCCCCCAGGAGGAGACAAACAGACUCGCGGCACCUACGUCUACACCGGUAAGCACGCCAAGCCGGCCCAGCUGAUUGAAAAACGGUUCCGAUCAGCACCGGUCGCCAAGUACAAGCAGCUGGUGAUCGACGAAGACCCCAUGUCCCAAGGAUUCGCAGAGGAGUCGUUCGACCUCAUCAUCUCCCAGCCCACCAUGUCUUCCUUUUCGAUGGACUCGAUCAUCAACAUGCGGAAGCUGCUGAAGCCCCGAGGUCGCCUGGUCCUCCGGCAUACCAACCCGGCCUCCAAGGUCCUCCAGCUGGCCUUUGGCCUCGUUCCCGAGUUCAAUCACGGCGCCGAGUCCCCGGUGCAGCCGGUUGACCUGCGGGAUCAGCUGAGCCGUGCCGGCUUCGACGACGCCUCGGCCGUCACCUUCACCGGAGAACACGGUAGGAUCACCGUGGCCACGCCUUGCCAGUACUCCGCGAGGCCGACGAGGGCGAGCGUCCUUUGCCAAGACCCCAGUCAUCCCGACGUGUCCGGUGUCCUAACGCUACUGCAAUCCCGAGGCUUCGCCCUGCAGUGUUUCUCUCCCGGACAGGAUCUCCCGUGGGGCCAGCCUGUCCUGUGCUUAUUGGAUCUCGAGUCCCCGUUCCUCCACACCAUGGACGCCGCGCGCUGGGAGGGGCUCAAGAAGUCGUUGUUCUCGGCGCAAGACGAGAAGGCGCUGUGGGUGACGGGCGCCUCACAGGUGGGCUGCAGAGACCCCAACUACUCCCUGACGCUGGGCGCCGCACGCAGCGUGCGGCGGGAGCUGUCGAUGGACCUGGCGACCCUCGAGCUGGAGUCCUUCGACGCCGACGGAUGGGACGCCACGGCCGCCGUGUUCGAAUCUUUCGGGGGCCGGGUCGUCGGCGGCGGCGAGAUCGAGCCAGAUACCGAGUACGUCUUUUCCGGCGGGGCGAUCCGGAUCUGUCGGUUCCGCUCGGUCAAGGUCCUGGACGAGCUGAGAGAAGGGCGCGACGACGACGACGUCCCGAAGCAGGUGAAGAUCGCCAAGCCCGGAUUCUUGCAGACGCUACGGUGGGAGGAGACGGAACACGUCAACCUGAGCGGCGACCGUCUCCAGAUUGCGGUACGAGCCGUUGGGCUUAACGUCAAGGAUCUACAUGCUUCGCUGAGUUCAACCUCGAGCGACAUCAACGGCCUUGGCAACUUUGGGCUCGAGGGCAGCGGUGUCGUUGUCGGCGUGGGACCCGAUGCUCGACAGUUCCGCGUCGGUGACCGGGUCGCCUUCAGUCACGACAACGCUCUGUCUACCCUGGCCACGUUGUCCGAGUCGCUCUGUGCAAGGAUGCCAGACACGAUGAGCUUCGAAGAAGCCGCGUCCACGCCAUACUCGUUCGGUACGGCUUUGUACGCGUUGAUGGAACUCGGGAAACUGAACAAGGGCCAGUCCGUAUUGAUUCACUCGGCGUCCGAUGCUCUCGGGGUUGCCGCAAUCCAAGUGGCCAAGAUGAUUGGUGCCGAGAUCUUCUGUACCGUCGAGACCCCGGAACAGGGAAGUUAUCUCGCCGCUUCCUACGGUAUCCCCCAGAACCGCAUACUCAACUGCAAGGACGCUUCUUUCGCUCAAGGAGUCCUCAAAUCGACUGGCGGCGUCGAUGUUGUCUUCAACACGUUGUCCGACUUCAUCCAGGAGUCCUGGAUCUGCGUCGCGCCGCUGGGCACCCUGGUUCAUGUUGUCCAGGAUACGACGACCCGGCCAGCGAUUCAUCUCCUCCAUAUGGAUCUUUCGAGUAGCAAUCGGACGUUCGUAACCGUCGACUUGGAUGAUCUGAGGGUUCAACGGCCGCGGGAAUGCACUCGCCUUUUGGAGCAAGCUUUCACACUCACCAGGUUCGGCCUCAACAAGCCCGAGUCAGCGAUCAAGACCUUCCCGGCGUCCGAUGUUUCGUCGGCAUUCCAGCAUCUCCGAUCCCCCAAGCGCAUCGGACGGGUUGUCGUGACCAUGCCCGACAGCAGCGGAGAGCUACAAGCGCGUCCCAUGCGCUCGAAGAUGGUCCUCCGUCCGGACAGGACUUACAUCAUCGUCGGCGGCGUCGGGGGCCUUGGCCAGGCCACUGCUCGGUUCCUCGUCGAGAGGGGGGCUCGCAACCUGAUAUUCUUCUCGAGGUCGGCCGAGGAGUUCGCAAAAGGCCAUCCGGAGUACUUUGGCGAACUCGAGUUCCUCGGCUGCAAGGCCCAAGCGGUUUCUGGCAGCGUCGACGACAUGGCCGAUGUGGUUAAGAUGGUCAACACUUCGACCACUCCGGUUGGCGGCAUAUUACACGCAGCCAUGGUACUCCAGGACAUGAACCUCGCCGACAUGACCUUGGAGCAGUGGCAAGCCACCGUAUCUCCAAAGGUGCAGGGGACGUGGAACCUCCACUACGCCCUCCAGGCCCAGAGCGAGCCUCUCGACUUCUUCUUCCUCUUCAGCUCCCUGUCCGGGCUGGGCGGCCAGAUCGGCCAGGCGAACUACGCCGCGGCCAACGCCUUCCUCGACGCCUUCGUGCAGUACCGCCACGCCCAGGGCCUCGCGUGCUCCGUCCUCGACAUUGGCAUCAUGGAGGACAUUGGCGUCCUCGCGAGAGAGACGAACCGCCUGGAGGCCCUGCGCACCAUGUCGCAGCACUGCCUCCACGAGCAGGACCUGCUCGAUGCCAUGGAACUGAUGAUCAAGCGGUCGGGCGGCAGCCGUGAGAACGAGGGUGGACGAAGCAGUGGUCCAGCGGAUGGGUAUACGAACCCGAGCCAACUGGCCAUCGGUAUGAGAUACUCUCCGUCAACAACGAGCAGUCACCGGUCCGGGUGGCAGCGGGACCCACGAUCUCUGUUUCUGGCGGACCCGUCGACGUUUGCCGGCCAGCUCCCCGACGACUCUCACGAGGCGGACAGCAGCAGCAGCAGCACCCUGAAGGAGUUUCUCCAGAGCUGCUCCUCGGACCCGGCGAGGCUGUCGUCCGACGAGGCGAGGGAGUUCCUGGCGCGGGAGAUCGGCGGGACCCUGCGGGGGUUCAUGAUGCGGCAGGACGAGGAGAUCGACCUGUCGCUGCCGCUGCAGACGGACUCGUUGGUGACGGUGGAGCUACGCAACUGGUUCCGGCAGAAGGUGGGCGUCGCCUUCACCGUUCUCGAGCUGCGGAGUGCCGACAGCAUUCGGGCGCUGGGCGGGUUGACGGCCGCGAGACUCGCUGCUGUACACGCAGCGGAGGGUUAG